GCUGCAGCGGCGUCUUCGCUGCGCGCCUGCGCAGGUAUGGAGCAGGAGGGUCGUCUGCGCCCCAGCUUGGCUCCUGGGCUGGCCUCAGCGACCCCCGAGCCGCAGCAGAAGCCAUGUCCAGGAGCGGCAAUGCGGGAUCCGGGGUUCAUUGCGGUCCGAGCCCGCAGCUUCCUGUUCCGUGUCUACUUGGUGGGCUUUUUGGACUUGUUUGGUGUCAGCAUGGUUGUCCCUUUACUGAGCCUUCAUGCCAAGUCCCUUGGUGCAAGUCCCAUCGUUGCAGGAAUAAUAGGCUCCUCCUAUGGCAUUUUACAACUCUUUUCUAGCACAUUUAUGGGCUGCUGGAGUGAUGUAGUUGGAAGACGAGUCUCCUUGUUGGUGUGCAUUUUGUUCAGUGCCCUGGGGUAUCUCCUUCUUGGAGUUUCUACCAAUGUCUUCCUGCUUGCCCUGGCUAGAGUCCCUGUGGGGAUUUUUAAACACACACUCUCCAUCUCCAGGGCUCUCCUUUCUGAUCUGGUUGCAGAGAAGGAGCGGCCACUUGUGCUGGGCCAGUUCAAUACAGCUUCUAGCAUGGGCUUCAUCUUAGGCCCCAUGGUUGGUGGGUAUCUCACUGAAUUAGAUGGUGGAUUCUAUCUUACAGCCUUCACCUGUUUCUCAGUCUUCCUUCUCAAUGCUGGUCUCGUUUGGUUAUUGCCUUGGAGUGAAACAAAACUCAACAGUUCAACGAAUGGCCUGAGAUUGAAUAAGAAACACACGCUGUUGGGAAAGAUAUUACAAGGAACAGCCACCGUCCCAAUGGCCACCACGAAUGAACAGCCUGCUAAGCAGCCCUGGCUUCAAGUCCCGUCAGUCUUGCAGGACAUGCGGAGUCUGCUGUUUUCUGAAAUGUGGCACAUAUUUCUCGUGCGCUUGCUCAUGGGUGUGGCCGUCAUGCUGUACUAUAGUAACUAUGUCUUGGCCCUGGAAGAUCGCUUUGGGGUGCAGCCCAAGACCACAGGAUACCUCAUCAGUUAUAGCAGCGCCCUGGGGGCCCUGGCUGGAUUCACCCUGGGGCCCAUCCUGAGUCUGUACAAGCACAACUCACACAGGGUCCUGCUCCACUCGAGCACUCUCACCUGUAUGCUGUUGCUACUCUACGCCACGGCCCACACCAUGGCUGUGGUUGUCUUCUCCUCCACGCUUCUGUCUUUCUCCACCGCCAUCGGCAGGACCUGUGUCACCGAUCUCCAGUUGAGCAUGGGUGGCACCCAGGCCAGUGGCACUGUCAUCGGCUUGGGGCAGUCUGUGACAGCUGUAGCCAGAAUCAUUGCUCCUCUUCUCUCAGGAGUGGCCCAGGUAGUCAGCCCCUGUGGUCCCCCCAUCCUAGGGGGUGCCUUAGCCAUGGUGGCAAUUUUCUUAAUGUCACUAAACACACCUCACUGUAGUGGCGACAGGAGUGGUAAAUUAAAGCAUGAGUAGGAUGGAUAGGGACAGCAUAAAGAAACCAAGUUGGAGGUGUGGACAUCAGGGACAAAGGCCAUAACUACAAGAGCAUUUCAGAGAGAGUGGGUGGAAACAGUGCCCCGGAGGGUGUGCUCAGCCCUCAGCUGUGCAGUUAUGCCUGUGGGACCAUCAACAGUGACAGUGACCCAUAGAAAAGUCACAAUUAGAGCAGCUUUACUAGCAGGGACCAUAUUUAUGAUUCACCUAAAAGGCCCUUCCUCUUGUCCAAGCCACCAAAGGGAAGAAAGCUGCCAUCGAAAAGAGAGAGAAAUGGUGGAAUGACAAGCCAUGAUAUGUAGGAGAGAAGAAGUAAAAUGUUGUUUAAAAUAAUAGCAUAGCGUACAAUCAUGUGCUGAUCACCCAGAGCCUGGGUUACUGGCUAAACCCAUAAAACUAAGGGAAAAGGGAUUCUUGUGUCAGAAUCCUAGAGAUUGAUGAGGCUGAUUUAUUAAAACCAGCCUGGAGCUUUCUCAGAGCUGGUGAAAAAAAAAAAAAUCAGACACCAGCCUCACUGUCCCCUGCCAGUGAUUCACUGGCCAACGAAUCUGGUGUUUUAAGUACCAGUGAGACUUAGUAGUAGAGACUUCAAGAUUUAGUAAUUUUGAUGGAAAUAAAAGCCAGAGGCUUGGCUAGUUUUAUUAAUUACUAGCUGAAUUUGACUGUUACAAUCAUGUGUUCAUGAUUGUAACAAUUUGUUACUCUUUCUUGGUUCUUGGGAUCAUUCUUGGGCCUGAUGCCUAUCUUCUUGCAAACUGCUCCCUCUGCAGGUAAGACAUCACACUGCUCGCUGUGAAACCAACAGUCUGGCAUUCUGUGGUUCUAGUGUCCAUAAACUCUGAUGAUGCAAAGUCCAGAAAUAUUUUUAAGUUAAAUAUUUUUAGCAGAACAAGGGCCAAGUGAGAAGCCAUUAUAGAAGAACUUGAGUCUACAGAGUUUUUUGAUCUUUUUCAUUUUAAUUUUGUUUAUGAGGAGGACCAUCUUGGAUGGUGGGGGAAGAGUUUUGGUGUGCCUCUUACUCCUUAUCUAAACUGUCUAAUAGGACCCAUGGGAGAGGCCCAGUAGAAGGGUUACACGGGUUCAUAGGGAUUCAAGACCUGGGAAACCUCCUGUACAUGCAAGUACUUUGAUUGCUAAUAAAACUUUACUUAAGGGCCUCUCUUUUCCUUACAUUCCCUCUAACUCUUAUUUAGUCCACUAGAAUAUUAUUUUUUCAGCUGAACACACAGAAUCAUAAUGUUUUUUGUGCAUUAAUUUGUCAUAACUUGAAUUAUUUUUUAUAAAUCAGAAGAAAUAUCUCCAAAGUUUUGAAUGUUGUAGGAUCAACUCAGAUAGUUGUAGCAAGUGAAAGUGUUUUAACUAGGCAGCAGUGGCUCAUACCUAUAAUCCUACUUGGUAGGCUGAUAUCUGCAGGAUCAUGGUUUAAAGCCAACCUAAA